UUUAAAAGCUGAAUAUUUGCCGCCGUUUUCUCUAGUGGUGGUAGUGGCAAUCUUCGUCGCAUCUGGAAGACAUCUGCGCAACAGCCCGGGGCAUUUAGCGAUCCACCGCUUAGGCCAAUCAUCGUCACAAAAAACAGGAAAAUUUCGUAGAAACCAGACAACAUAAUGCCUCAAUUGUGGAAGACUGGCAAGCCGGCCACGGCCGCUUCGGCACCAGCUAAUCAACAGCAAGGAUCAGCGAUGAGUCCGCCAGCCAAAGGAUUUUUCAUUUGCCCGCCAAAAUUAGUGUUGGGUGAAGCAGGAGGAGGAGGAGGUGGAGGAGGUGGAGGCGAUACGCCGUCGUCGGCGUCGAGCAGCAACGGCUUUUUCAGUUUCCCUUCGUCGCCGCCAUCGUCGCCCACAUCGCCAACACAUCACCAACAUCCCCCCAAAUACGACCAACUCCUCAACGAAUUACGACGCGCUCAGGAAAGAAGGGGUCGAUUGCAAAAUGAUGCGGCGAUGGGCGUGUCCAGUCAACCACUUCAGCCGGCUGCGGCGACGGCUGCGACCGCGUCGACGGUUCUUUUGAAAAAUGCGCCGCUAGAAACGAUGUUGUUGCGCCGAACGAUAAGAUCGCCAGAGCCACCUAGUGGCGCCUAUGUCAACCAUUUCAAUAGCAGCGGAGCCGCGGGAUUCGCUCAGCGUUUAGAUCCAGCUGGAUCCAAAUCGCCGCGGAUGACCAACAAAGCCGCUCCGAAAAAAGUUCGCUUCCUGGAAGAUGGAACAGGCAAUUUGCAUACGAGCGUCUUCGGCGGAUCGGCUGAAUCGAUUGGCUCCUUGUUGGAUUCCCAUUCGCAAGAGUUGAAUCAAUCAGGUGGGACGGAUGACAUCGACAGUUUGAUAUCGUCACUCAUCAGUUAUUCGGAUGCGACGGAUCAUCGAUUAGUCGAGGACAAACCGGAAGCAAAAACAACCAACGGAACGGCUAAAAAUCACAACAACGCCGACGGCCUCGAUCUUAGGGAGCUACGGAUCACCGCCGCGCAAGAAGAGGACGUCCGUCAGAAAUUGAACGAGUCUACAUCGUCGUCCGGCGAGGAUGGGCAGCGGCAGCAGCAGCAGCAAGCGGAAAAGGCAACGUUGCAUCACACCCGUUCGGGAGUGUUGGACAACUUCCUCGACAUCUUUCGAUGCGGCAAUGCGGAAGUGGUCGAUCAGAGGCAAACGGUGGUUCACCUGGAGCCGGACGACCCCAAUUCCGUCGAUUCUGGCAGCGUUCUUUCCGAGCUGGAUUUCGAAGAGACAUCGUCUACCAUCACCGACAUCGAUUCCAACAAGACAUUCAGCCUCCACAGCCCAGACAACUCCGUCGACCACAGAAUCGACGAUUGGUCGCAAGUGAGCGAUUUGUUAGAGCGCAGUUUACAAGAGAUCCGGCAAAUGGAGGAAGACACGAACAAAUCGCAUCCGGUGGAUGGCAAAUCGACAGAGAAGAGCAAACGAGAGCCGCUGUACGAGCUGAUUGGCUGGAAGAGGAAUCCCCCCCUCGUUCAACUGGAUUUACGCGGUUCGAAACCAUUCCCACUUCCGUCUACGACAUCCGCACCAGCCCCGCAGCGAGAACCUUCUCCCCCGCGAUCGCCUUCGCCCCUACCUCUGCCUCCGCCAACACCGCCGCCUGUCGAAACGGACGUUUGGAUCCCUCGACAAGAUUGGGUCCCCCCGGCUGCUCCUACACCGGCGCCGAUGGUGAAGCAAGCGGAUAAAGUUUGGAUCCGUCGGCCAACGCUUUCGGUUGCCACCAAUAGUCACAGCAGCAACAGCAACAACAACAACAACAAAGAAAGUGCGGCUGUCCGGAAGAGCCCGGCGACGGAAGAGACCAACUCCAUUUACGGCAGAUUGUGGGAGACAUCCAGUUCGCCCAACAACAGCAGCCGGAGCAGCAGUUGCAGUGCGGAAGCGGAAGAAAAGCCAACAUCCAGCACGGAAGCCGAAUUGACGGCCAUCCGUUCAAUGGCUAGAAAAGCCCGACUGGAACAUUGGCGAUUAACUGGAAUGUCCAGCAGUUCGCCAGUAGAGGAAGGAACGACGCAGUUGAACAACAGCAAUCCUUCCAUCGUUAUUGAGCCUUCAUCUUCUUCUCCCAGUCCAGCAUAUUUAAGUUCCCUGCCGCUAUUUAAUCACCGCGCAAUUAAAACUGGCAUCCAGCUUACGUGGCCACCUCCGCCCUUACCACAAUCGCCAUCUUCUUCAGCUACAGCGACCCCGGUAACGCCUACCCUUCCGCCCCUACCAGCCACAUCGACCGAUGGCUGUCAGCAUCUCCAUGCGCCGCAAGGUCCAUCGCACAAUGGACACUCGCCAAAAUGUUUCGGCCAUCAACGCAUUUUCCAGUGGCCCAUUCCGGCACUCAAACUUGCCAAUAAACGGCCGAAACAAGCCGUUCAACCGCAACAGGAUAACACGACGCAUCCAUUGGGUGGAACGGAACAAAGAAAGGAGACGGGCAAACCUUCGUGGAGGCCCGCAAAGCCAGCGAAUUUGGAAGAGGCUCAAGAUUGGUAUUGGACGGAAGAGUUCCCUUUGGCCGCUGGCCUGGAGCCUGGCACGGGCAACAUGUCGGCCUGGUUUCACGCUGCCAUUUCACGCUGGGAAGCCGAACGAAGGCUGACCAACCAACCGGCAGGCGCUUUCCUGGCCCGUUUGACCGAACGUCUAUGGGGCUACGCUAUUUCUGUUCGGAAUCCUUCCGGAAAUGUUUCGCAUUUCCUGAUCGACGCUGGAGAAAAACGUUGCCAUAAAAAGUACACGCUUCUUGGCUCAAACGAUCCGCCUCACAAAAGUUUACGUGAAUUGAUCCAGUACUACGGAAAACACGCCCUGACGCCCGACGGAUCAGAGAAAUUGCUCUUUCCUUGCCCACAAGAAAGUUCGGUCGCCUUCCCAGGGCCAGCAUCGCCCAAUGUCAAUGGCUCAUCGCCGAGCCGAUUGAUCAAAUCAACUUGAUUGGGAGAAAUAUGCCUCAAAAACAAAAAAUUAUCGUUAUCUUUGCAAAGCUUUUCUUCAAAUCGUGUGGUUUUUUCUAAAGAAAAGGCUGGAUCUACCACACGUCCUACACUAUAUUCUCUUCUCCCGCGUCCCCCCCCCCAAACCAAAACAAAAACCAAAAAAAAAUAAAAAUAAAUAAAUAUUUACAUAAACACCUAUCUACUAUUGACCCCAAACCCCUCCUCACCAAAACAAGGUUGUGCUGCUAUAUAUAAAUACCUGUAUAUGAUAGCAAUUUGCAUGCUGAAUAAAAAGAUGAAUUCUAUACUCACAAA